GGGCGUGACCGGAAGGCGGGUCGCUCUCGCGAGACCAGGCGAAGAGGAGCCGGGCUGCACUGCGCAGUGUGGAGGUCGUUGGAGUCACUUGUGCAUUGCCAGCUUCUUCUCCUGCAGGUCCGCGCCCCGCCCGCCCCAGCCAUGUUCUUCGCCUUCGCCCGGCCUGCUGGCGCCGCUCUCCGCCGUAGUUUCAGCACCUCGACCCAGAACAGUGCUAAAGUAGCCGUGCUUGGGGCUUCAGGAGGAAUCGGACAGCCCCUUUCACUCCUUCUGAAGAACAGCCCCUUAGUGAGCCGCUUGACCCUCUACGAUAUCGCCCACACACCUGGGGUUGCUGCAGACCUGAGCCACAUCGAGACCAGAGCGAAAGUGAAAGGCUACCUGGGACCUGAACAGCUUCCAGACUGCCUGAAGGGAUGUGACGUUGUGGUGAUUCCAGCUGGAGUCCCCAGAAAGCCAGGCAUGACACGGGAUGACCUGUUCAACACCAACGCCACAAUUGUGGCUACCCUGACCACCGCCUGCGCCCAGCAUUGCCCUGAAGCCAUGAUCUGUAUCAUUUCCAACCCGGUCAACUCCACCAUCCCCAUCACAGCAGAAGUGUUCAAGAAGCAUGGCGUCUACAACCCCAACAAGAUCUUCGGUGUGACCACCCUGGACAUUGUCAGAGCCAACACUUUUGUAGCAGAGCUGAAGGGUUUGGAUCCAGCUCGAGUCAGUGUUCCUGUCAUCGGUGGCCAUGCUGGGAAAACCAUCAUCCCCCUGAUCUCCCAGUGCACUCCCAAGGUGGACUUUCCCCAAGACCAAUUGGCGACACUCACUGGGAGGAUCCAGGAGGCCGGCACAGAGGUGGUGAAGGCUAAGGCUGGUGCAGGCUCUGCCACCCUGUCCAUGGCGUAUGCUGGUGCCCGCUUCGUCUUCUCUCUUGUGGAUGCUAUGAACGGGAAGGAAGGAGUUGUGGAGUGCUCCUUCGUUAAGUCACAGGAGACAGACUGCGCCUACUUCUCCACGCCCUUGCUGCUGGGGAAAAAGGGCCUGGAGAAGAACCUGGGCAUCGGCAAAAUCAGCCCUUUCGAGGAGAAGAUGAUCGCCGACGCCAUUCCUGAGCUGAAAGCCUCCAUCAAGAAGGGAGAAGACUUCGUUAAGAGCAUGAAGUGAGGCUCUGCAGUGGGCACCUUUGCUCAUUGUGGCAUGCUGUCACUGGAGAGCCAUUUCAGAGACCUCUGUGUUGUCAGUUGCUUCCGUGAUGGUUAUCAGUCGUAUUAGCACCACCAUCCCUUCAAAUUGUGGCUGGUCUGUUGGUGCAACAAUAAAAGCAGACUCUGAUUUUCUUUUUCAAGGUCCCCUCUAUACAUGUCCUUUUUCCCCAUCAGCUGACCAGAGUGUCUUUCACCACUUCUCAUGGCCAAUCAGAACUAGAUGGUACUUAAAUGUUAGGGGAGGCAUCAGUAGCUUCCAGAAUGUCUAAGGUUUGCUUAUGAAGUAGGAUAAAAUGCUCAAAGUCUGUUGGUCCCUGCUCCUGAGCUCUGUGUGCUCACCCAUAAGUAGGUCAACCUGCCAGUUCUUAGCCUGUACUUUUGCCCUCACCUUGGUAGCCCAGCAGCCAGUGUCAGGCUAAGCAGACUGCAUCAUCUCACUGAGCUGCCUUGGCUGGCCUCUGUCCUCUUCCAAGUCUCAUCCUCUUCUGUCAGCCCUGCUGUUCGGUGACGGAUGGCCAGAGUUGUAGGAAAUGGGGGUUGGGAACAGAGGCACCAGAAUGCCAGCUGCUCCCUCAGAGCUGAGGACACCACCAGCUAGCCUUAGAUUUUCUUAAGGGCCUAAAGAAAGGACUUGGUUGGGUUGAGGUUUAGGGAAUUAAGGGGCCAUUUCGUUCCCUUUAGUGUUGGGGACAGCCUGUUCUCCAGAAGCUGUGGCCCCUGGAGUGGAAACAGCUCUGUACUUGAGAAGGAACUUUUCCAUCAUAGAAAAGUUCUAUGGGGGGGUGGGGUGUUAUUCAAACAGCCUGGUUUUUUUAAACUAAAACUGAAAAUGAUUUUAUCAUAAAAUGACUUUGAGAUGAGGGGUAGAGCACUUGCUUGCAUACACAAGGCCCUGGGCUUCAUCCCCAACACUGUAAAAAUAGGAGUAAUAUGUGCUCGUUGUGUGAAACCUAAA